UUAGUCACCGAUUGUAGGUACAUGCCAUAAUAAUAUUGUUCUCAUAAAGAAGCUAGUAUUCUAGUGCGCUGCAUGGCUAUAAAGUGUUAUAAAGAAUAUUCAUAGAGUAAAUAAAGGAAGAUUAUAUUAAAAAAGUGUAUUAAGAAAAUAUGAAAUAAAAAAUAAUAAAAAUGGAUUUCAAGAAUCUCGCUUUAUUUUUGUUCUUAAUUUCAAUUAUAAAUGGCACAAAGAGCGACCACGAGGGAUUUUGUAUUUUCACUGAAUUUGAUACAAGUCCAUGCAUCGGAAAUGUAGUGUGUGAUGGAAAUAGAAUUUAUAGAUAUGCAUAUGAUUCGAUACGAUCUUGGAGUUGUUUAAACAAUCAUUAUUAUAAUAGAGGUAGAUACUAUAACUCUUACGAUUCGCAAAAUUCGCGACUCGAUAGUGAUUACUAUCAAAUAUAUCUAAAGAUAUAUAAUCUAAAAUCAAAAUCAUCGGAUGGAAUACCAUUGAAUAAGGAUUCGUCGAUCUUACCCACACAGAUACCUAAAAGUAAUAUAAAAAGUCUGGAAGUAACUAAUUGUGAAAUGGUUUCGUUACCCGAUGAAGUUUAUAAUUUACCGAAAAUUACCCAGAUUCAAGUAAGUCAUAAUGACCUUACCACAAUAAAUUUGUUAAAUUUUGCAAAAAAUUAUAAUCUACUGAAAAUUAAUGCUUCGAAUAACGUCAUUACGGAGUUAGACGAUAGUCAUAUGUCUACAAUUGACUUAGUCAGAAAUGGUAAUAUAAUAAGUUUAAUAGAUUUAAGCCAUAAUUUAAUAUCAGAGAUUCCAAAUAAUCAUUUUAAAAAUUUCGAUAAUUUACUUCAUUUAAAUCUUUCUCACAAUAAUAUAAACAGUUUUGAAAUACUAACUUUUGAAGGAUUGUCGAAACUUCAGACACUAUAUUUAUCUAAUAAUAAACUUAAAGAUAUUGGUCACACAUUAAUGAGAUUCUCCGAUUUGUUGGAUUUGACAUUGGAUAAUAAUGAAAUCACGGUUAUAAUUGAACCUAAUUUCAAAGUAAUGUCUAAAUUAGAAAAAUUAAAUCUAAGCUCUAAUGUGAUACAAGAUAUAGAAGAAACUGCAUUUCAGAAUCUCAGUGAUUUACAAGUUUUAGAUUUAAGCAAUAAUAAAAUUACUUUUCUAUCAAAUAUUUUCUUUAAGAACAACAAUAAAUUGAAAACAGUUUAUAUUUCUUAUAAUGCUUUUACGACUAUACCUUCUGAAAUUUUUAGUGGAAAAGCUAUUGAGCAAUUUCAUAUGUUUAACAAUAAUAUAACAGGUGUUAUAGAUAGUACCAUGUUUAACGGCAUUUGUGAACCAAAUCUAGAUUUAAGUAACAAUAAAAUAUUGGCCAUCAAGUCGGUAAUUUAUAAAAAUUGCAUAUAUCCAAUAGAGUCAUUGAAUUUCAGUAAAAAUAUUAUACAUAAUAUUUCUCAGGAGGCAUUUAAAACUUUAGAAUCAUUGGUAGAUUUAGAUUUAUCCUACAACAAUUUAAACUACAUUGAUUUCAAUAUUAGUUACUUGAACAAAUUAGAAAUUUAUGUAAGCCAUAAUCAAAUAAAAAAGAUAACAAAGCUUGUCUUAAAAAAUCUGACUUCCCUAAAAAUAUUAGAUUUAUCUCAAAAUGCAAUUAUUGAAAUUGAAAAUAAUUCAUUUGAUGAUCUGUUAUCGUUGGAGACUUUAUAUCUAAAUGACAAUUUAUUUACAAAUUCAUUGAAAUCACACAUUUUUCAGAAAUUAGUAGCGUUAAAGGAUCUUAAUAUUAUGAAUACUAGAACAUUUACAUAUGAAAAUGAGACCUUUUCGGGCAUGACUAGCCUUAAAGUACUGAAUUCGUCUUAUGGUGAAUUGUCAACCUUGGAUUAUGCAGCUUUUAAAAAUACUGGAUCAUUAGAAAUUUUAGAUUUGUCUCAUAAUAUUUUGGAGAAGUUUUUUAUUGACACUGCUAGUAUUGCCAGUGUUAAUAAAUUGUAUUUAAAUAAUAAUAAAAUCAGAACCAUAUCGAAGGAGACUUUUUAUGGUUUAACUAAUAUUGAUACAGUAUUCUUAGAAAAUAACAAUAUUGUAAGUUUAGACGCAGAUUCAUUUACAUCUUUGACUAAGUUAUCACAUGUAUAUUUGGAUCAUAAUGAGGAAUUAGUAUUAAAUGGAACAGAAUUUGAUAAUCUAUCAUCUCUAGUUCAUGUUUCAUUUAAAAGUGUAAAGAAACACUUCAACUUUCAAUCUUCUAAGAAUACUACUAUAAAUAAGUUGGAUUUAUCAUAUUGUGGUAUUACUGAAAUUUAUCCACUAUUUAUUUAUAAAAUAAAAAGAAUGUCGUAUUUAAAUUUAAGUUCAAAUAAAAUAAAAUUUAUAGACAAGCAUUCUUUUCAAAGCAUGCCUUACCUGACGGUCCUUGAUAUGAGUUCUAAUUUGAUCACUAGUAUUCAACCUGGAUCGUUUCUUCAUACUAAAGAGAUACGCUCAUUAAAUCUCUAUGGAAAUGAUAUCCCAUCAUUGCAAUAUGGAGUCUUCGAUGGACUUGAGAAUAUGCAUGAACUGAAUUUGUCUAGUAAUUCUUUACAUUCGUUUGAAGUCAAUCUGUUGCAUAAAAGUCCUGCAGUUGCAAUUAUAUCCCUAAAUGACAAUCUUAUUGAAAAAAUAAAUUUCGAUAAGUUUAUGGAUACACAUGUGAAAAAGUUAUUUAUAGGGGGAAACAUAAUUCCUUGUAAUGAUUUAAUUAAAUUGAAGGCGCAGGACUUGGGUGAAUUAGAAAUAACAGCAGAAAUUUUGGAUUAUCAUUCUGAAAAUGUUGAUGGAGUUACAUGCAGAACUGAUCUGGUUAAAACAAAUUAUCAAACACCUAAUAAUAAUAUACUAAGUAAUAUUACUACAGCAUUCGAUACUUUGUCUAAUGCUAUGGAAAUAUUCCGUAAUACAAUCCAAAAUUUUGCUAACAGAAAUAUUGUAGACACCGAUGAAAUACAGAAAAAUAUGAAAGAAGUUCUUAACUCUAUAAAUAAACUUAUUAAGGUAUACAAUGAAUCUCAAACAACAACCAAUAAUUACUUAAAACAAUUAUUAGAAAAAGACAAUGCUCAAAUCAUUGUUCGAGAACAUGUGAAAAGUGAUAAAAAAGAAGUUAGAAAUUCUAAUAUCCCCAUAUAUGUUACUCUGGCGUGUCUUGUUGUACUGUUAGGACUGUGUGGGUUCUUUAUUUAUAGUUAUUAUAAAUGGCGUAAUCGUUUAAACAACGACCGUAUUAUGCCUAGUGUUCAACAUCUAACAAAUGAUGUUAUAGAAAUGGAUUAAUUUGUGUAAAUAUAAUAAUUAAGUUAGUAAAUAAUUGUAAAUAAAUUAAGUAAUAAUUAGAAGAACCACCUCCUUUAAUGUUUAAGAAAUAAAUUAUUUUUAUAUAAA